GUUUCCGGGUGAGCGAUAAGAAGUUGAUGCAGUAUUGCAGUAAGCAUGGACUCCUGAGGUGCUCCUGGUCAUAGCUGAGCAGUUUGUGAACUGAGACUGAAACGUGCAGUCAUGCCUGUUACGUGUAACAGCUGUGAAGAGAGGCGAGCUGUCCUACGGCGACCAAAGACAGGUCAUUCCUUGUGCAAAGAAUGCUUCUUUCAUGCUUUCGAGGAGGAAAUUCACCAGACCAUCAUAUCUGCUCAGCUUUUCCAGCCAGGUGAGAAGGUUGGAAUUGGUGCAUCAGGAGGAAAAGACUCCACUGUGCUCGCCCAUGUCAUGAAAGUACUGAAUCAACGGUGCUCUUAUGGGCUGGACCUUAUCCUACUCUCAGUGGAUGAAGGCAUCUCAGGCUAUCGUGAUGACUCCCUGGAAACUGUAAAAAGAAAUCAGCAGCAAUACGAGUUACCUUUGAAAAUUGUCUCUUAUCAAGAGCUGUAUGGCUGGACCAUGGAUGAGAUUGUGAAGCAAGUUGGCCUUAAGAAUAACUGCACCUUCUGUGGGGUGUUCAGAAGACAGGCACUAGAUCGUGGUGCUAUGAUUCUGGGAGUCAACAAAAUUUGUACAGGUCAUAAUGCAGAUGAUAUCGCAGAGACUGUGCUGAUGAACUUUCUGCGAGGAGACAUAGCGAGGUUGAGGCGCUGUACCGCCAUUACCACAGGCAGUGAGGGAGCCAUUCCACGUUGUAAACCUUUGAAAUAUGCAUAUGAAAAGGAGAUUGUGCUUUAUGCCUAUUUUAAGAAGUUAGAUUACUUUUCUACUGAAUGCAUUUACUCUCCCAAUGCCUACCGUGGACAUGCCCGCGCCUUCCUCAAGGACUUGGAGGCAAUAAGGCCCAGCUCCAUCAUUGACAUAAUUCAUUCAGGGGAGAAUCUGUCUGUGAAAGAUGAUGUGAGGAUGCCCGUGCAGGGGACCUGCACCCGCUGUGGGUAUAUCUCCAGCCAGGGCCUGUGCAAGGCAUGUGUCUUGCUAGAGGGUCUGAACCGAGGUCUUCCCAAACUGGGCAUUGGAAAACACCAUAAGCUGCAUCACAAACUUCUGGCACAGGAACCCCUGAGUGAGCAGGAGGAGAGAAAGCUCAAAGCAGUGGAUUUCUGAUGAACUAGAAUAAAACAACUUGUCCUCUCAAUGUUUGUGUCAUAGCUCAGACAUACAGUUCCCUCACCAGCUCUGGUCUUAUCUGACUCUGAAAUAUCUAAUGAUUAAUUUACAUGUGCGGAAUGUUAAAAGCUUCUGAAUUUGUAUUUUUUUGAGUGCUGCAAAAUUCAUGUAAGCAAGGUAACCGAAUAAACGCACAAUUGACCCUGUGAUCAGAAACUCAGCAUAAUAUUGCAAUGUAUGGAUUUCUCCUUCACAUCCAGAACACAGCUUAGCUCUCAAGCUAAAAUGUACCUUUAUAUAAUUAUUUUAAGGACCUGGCACUACUGAGGAGACAUUUUAGAUAAUCUCACCAGAGCGGAGAGCUUUAAUCUUUGGGCCCAGUGUAUCAUCUGGGAGAAACAAUUAAAGGGAAUGGAAAUUGGUGAAAUAUACACGUAAAGAUCUUGUUUGUUUGUUUUUGGCAUGGGUGGCCACUCCUUUUUGUGCAAGGACCCUCAGUUCUUAAGUGGGGGCAGUGUUUUUAUUACAGGCAUCAUGUGCAGGGGACUAUUUAUGUUGAAGGGAUAGUGUAAUGAUGUGUUUUUGAUUGAGUUAUAGGUAGUAAUUUAAAAUAAGCAUAUUUAGUUUAUGCGUCUGUGAAUUAAACUUAUCCCGUUUC